GGUAGUAGAAGCUACAGUAGCAGCAAUCAGUUAGAUGGGAGAUGUGAAGGAAAGGAAUCAUGGAUGAUUCCUAGGUUUCUGACUUGAGUAACUGAAGGAAUGAAACAGAAAAAAGUUGUAGAGAGCAAGAGCAUUAGUUAAAACUCUAGUAGCUCCUUGUUAAUUAUUUUUUUGGACCAAAGGUGCUUAAGCCCCAAGCAAGUAAUAUUAAAACUACCAGUACCUUUCAAUCACAUAAAUAGCAUUCCACUUUCAUUCUCUCUCUCUAAAGUACUUCAAACUGUUUUUUGUUCUAAGUAAUUCCUUCCUGGAACAAGAGAAACUGUUGAAGUAAAAAUGUCACAAAGUGUAGAUCCUGGAUGAGUCACUGUUAAUUAAAUGAUGGCAAAUACUGCAAAGAUGAAUAGCAGCAGAACAAAAUCCAGAUACUUAAGGAAGUUCUCACUCUUGUUUUAGAGAGAAAUAUUGGCAAACAUUAGGAAGAAUUUAUGCAACCAACACGAAAUAAGUUGGUGUCAUGCAAGAAUCUAUUUACACUGAUUAAAACAGAAGGAUACUGGAAGAGUUAUGCUCGAAGAAUUUUAAGUCUGAAAUUUAGCAUCACUACCCUGAACAAUAUAGUGUUAGUUGGCAUAAACUACUGGUACAGACAAAGGCACUGUCCAUCACAAUAAUCAACUUUUUGCAUUUAUUUCAACUGGACAAUCGGGAUUUAAAUAGCUCCUGUGCCAAAAUUCAAGAAAAUUCGACAUAAAUGAGUAACAAUUCAACAUGUAUUCAACCAUCCAUGAUCUCUUCCACGGCUUUACCAAUUAUUUACAUCUUGCUUUGUAUCGUGGGUGUCUCUGGAAACUCUCUCUCCCAAUGGGUAUUUUUAAAGAAGAUAAGUAAGAAAACAUCAACCCACAUCUACCUAGUACAUCUUGUGAGGGCAAACUUACUUGUGUGCAGUGCCAUGCCUUUCAUGAGUAUCUAUUUCCUGAAAGGUUUUCAAUGGGCAUAUAAAUCUGCACAAUGCAGGGUGAUUAAUUUCCUGGGGACUCUAUCCAUGCAUGUAAGUAUGUUUGUCAGCCUCUUAAUUUUAUGUUGGAUUGCCAUAAGCCGCUAUGCUACCUUAAUGAAAAAGGAUUCUACACAAGAGACCACUUCAUGCUAUGAGAAAAUAUUUUAUGGCCAUUUACUGAAAAAAUUUCGCCAGCCCAAUUUUGCCACAAAACUAUGCUAUUACAUAUGGGGGGCUGUACUGGGCAUAAUUAUUCCAGUUACCAUAUACUACUCAGUUGUAGAGGCUACAGAAGGAGAAGAGAACCUGUGCUAUAAUCAGCAGAUGGAACUAGGAGCCGUGAUCUCUCAGACUGCAAGUCUCAUUGGAACCACAUUUAUGAUACUUUCAUUUUUAGUAGUACUAAUGUCAUACUACUCUUUUGUCAGCCAUCUGAGAAAAAUAAGGACUUGUACAUCCAUUAUAGAGAAAGAUUUGAUUUACAGUUCUGUGAAAAGGCAUCUUUUGGUCAUCCAAAUUCUACUAGUAGUUUGCUUCCUUCCAUAUAGUAUUUUUAAACUCAUUUUUUAUGCUCUACACCAAACAGUGGGCUGUCAACAAUUGAAUUAUUUAAUAGAAAUAAAAAACUUCCUCACCUGUCUUGCUUCAGCCAGAAGUAGUACAGACCCCAUUAUAUUUCUUUUAUUAGAUAAAAAUUUCAAGAAGUCACUAUGUAAUUUCUUUACAAAAUCUGAUUCACCACAUAUACAACCAUAUGGUUGACUUUUGAAUGGAAAACACCACAAAAUAGAAAAGUGUUCAUGUGACUCUAUUAAGGACAUUAAACUACAUGAUUAAGAUGUCAUAGCUUAGUUGAUAGCAUGUACUGAGAAAACUUCUUUGGUUUUAAAAUAUAAAUAAAUAUGCACAUUCAUAAAACUCGA